ACCGUCUUCCACCGACGCCGCUGCUUGGGUGGUCGUAGUUUCCCUCAAGUAAUGGUUUGUAAUGCAGGAGUUACUGCGGUACUCGGAUUAGUCGCCUUCCUGUUGUGACGGUUGUAGAGGUAAGGUUGGGCGAAUCGGAGUGGUGGCUUUUCCGCGUUGGCAGCAGCCUCGCCUAUCUUCGGCUUGCUUCACGCCUUGCGCCCUUCCUCGUAACAUGCCGCCGCAAUGCCGCCACCGCGUUUAUAUCCGCUCACUCGCCUCUGCACAAAGACCCUGAAAGCGGCUGAUCGAGCCUUCACCGCACCCCUCGUCCACCCCGCGUUGCACUCCCCGCGCCAGCUACACCCUUCCCGGGCAUACUCAGCCAUGUCGCAGCUCUCCCAGUACACUGCUAAGAGCAGCAAAAGCGCAACCAAUGGCACAAGUCAUAAUGGCAAUGCCUGGAGCGGCGAGAAGAAUCCAGCGGCCUUCGACUUCCGCUCCGAUGUGCACACUACACCGACCAUGUCGAUGCUGAAAGCCAUCCAGGAGUGCACCCUGCUCGACGACGUCACCAUGGAAGACCCGACCACACUGUCGCUCGAGCGAUUCGUUGCCGAUCUCAGUGGGAAGGAGGAGGCACUCCUGGUGCUAUCCGGCACUAUGGGCAACCAGGUGGCGUUUCGAGCACACCUUACCACCCCUCCACACGCCGUCAUUGUCGAUCGACGUGGCCAUAUAAUCAACUACGAGGCAGGUGGUGUAGCGACAUUGAGCCAAGCCAUGGUCCAACCUCUGGAUGCGAAGAAUGGGACAUACCUCACACUCGAAGAUAUCCAAAAGUACGCUGUCAUCUCCGAUGACGUCCAUGCCUGCCCUACACGCCUCAUCUCGCUCGAAAACACGCUCAAUGGUGCAAUUAUGCCGCUGUCCGAGGUUAGGCGCAUAUCAGCUUGGGCGCGCAAGCACGACAUCAUCAUGCACUUGGACGGUGCGCGUCUGUGGGAAGCUGUAGCUGCAGGUGCCGGUACUCUCAAAGACUACUGCGCCGAGUUCGAUAGCAUAAGUCUGUGCAUAAGCAAGGGUCUCGGCGCGCCGAUUGGUAGCAUCCUCGUCGGUACGAAGGAGUUCAUCAAGCGCAGUCGCUGGAUCCGCAAGUCCAUUGGUGGAGGGUUGCGACAAGCCGGUGUUGUUGCAGCUCCAAUGCGCGUUGCCAUUGAGGAGACAUUCCUCGGUGGCAAGCUCACUCAAUCUCACGAGAACGCGAAGAAGAUUGCGAGCAUUUGGACAGAUCUUGGAGGCAAGCUGCAAUACCCCGUAGAUACCAACAUGGUUUGGCUAGAUCUGGAGGCACAUCAUGUUGACAUCAACAACUUUAUCGAGCUAGCGGAGAAGUACGGCGUAAGGGUGCGUGGUGGUCGAUUUGUUGUGCAUUACCAGAUUGGCGAGGAAGCGAUUGAAGCGCUGCGAAAGGUAUUCACCGAAGUGUUGACUGGUAAGGAAUCGGCAGGGAAGAAAGCCGAAGCCCCGCACGACCCUGAAGACCUCAAGAUGAAGGGAAAGGGCGUGGAGUAGAUGCAGCAGCCACAGCAUGACAUUAGUCGGUAAAAUGAACAAACGAAUCAAACCGGUGCGCUCAGCCACGCAGCCACAUUGAUUGUCAGUACCUGCAUGCCUAGCGUUGUCGUGUUCCGAAUUCGCCGGGACAUCGGAA